AUGCGCAUGUCAAUUGCUACUGUCAUCCUGGCUGCUGCCGGCGCCUCAGCCCAAGACACUGGCAAACUUGGAGAUGCUGCAGUCAUCAACGACAACCCUGCUGGAGCUGUGUACAAGGCGACUCUGCCCGACACUGCCUUUACCAAGAGCGCGUACCCCAACGGCGGCAACGUGAAGGGCUCCGUAUACGCCCUGUCCAGCCCAGAUGGCACCGGUGUGAUCUUCAAGGUCAAGUUCUCCGGACUCCCCAGCGAGGGCGGUCCUUUCAUCUACCACCUUCACGACCAGCCUGUUCCAGAAGAUGGAAACUGCACUUCAACGCUGGCUCACCUUGACCCUUAUGAGCGUGGAGAGACGACCCCAUGCGACCCCAAUUCUCCCCAGACCUGCCAGGUUGGCGAUCUUUCCGGAAAGCAUGGCAAUAUCACUGGCGACACUGACGCCACCUACACCGACAACUUUGCUUCCCUCAAGGAGGGCAUCGGCGCCUUCUUCGGCAACCGGAGUCUCGUGUUCCACUUCGGGAACAAGACCCGCAUCACUUGUGCCAACUUCGAGGCUGUCAAUGCUGGAAACACAUGCAGCGGCACUCCCUCCUCGACCGCGUCCAGCACGGGCACAUCGGCCCCGACCAGCCGGCCCACAGGAGGUGCGACUCCCACCACUGGCUCGCCGAUCGGCAGCAACGCGACUGCCACGGGAUCAAGCCCAUCAUCGACCACGUCGUUCGUCCAGGCUGCCGGAAACGCCAAUGCCCCGACAGUGAUCCUCGCUGCCGGAGCUGCGGCCCUCGCGUUCCUUCUAUAA